GGCAGUUCGGGAUAUAGCACGACAAGCACUUACAGCUUCAAAGCAUCCAGCACAACUGGUAGCUACCGCACGGAAUCUGAAUACGAUUAUGCAUUUAUAUCACACUUGAAUACGCAUCAUCCGCUGGCUGAGUUAAAGAUGCAAGGCUUGCGUGGCCACCAACAGUUGAAUGCCAAAGUGUUGCCCGACACGUGCGUUUCUACUUUGGCGCAAUUCAUUGAACCCUGGCACGAAGAGGACACCGAUGACGAAGAUGACGACUCCGACACAGACACAAAUUCGGAUUCCGAUGAAGAGUACAGCUCUAAUGACGGUCGUUACGACGGUGCACAAUCGAGAUCAAAUGGAAGAAGACGUUAUCGCGAUCACGAAACACUACAGGCCAUACGUUUGUACAAGUUGGAGCAAGAACGCCGCAAAGUGCUGCUGCGGCAAAACUUUCUCAAUUCCAAAGAGUUUAUGCGUUACUUUGGCGAGUUAGUGCGCCAGCAACUAGCCGAUCGCUUGCAUAUAUCGCCCGAUGAAUUGAACGAGGGCACAUAUCGCGGCCCAUCUAUCUACACCAAGUACUUUGAACUCAUACCCGCCAUUUACGUAGCGCACAAUGCACAGCACUGGCCAGAUUGUGCAUUUCAAUUUCGUAUACGCGAACGACCCGUCUCGACAAAUCCACUCACAGGCCAGCAAUUUCAAUGGCCCACACGUACAAUGAUCAGACGCAUAGAAACUUUCGGCUUUCAUGUGAUACCGGUGGGUUAUGCGCCAAAAAGGCAGCGAAAUCCCUUUCGUGAACUUGAAUGGCGUAUUGUUUUCCCAAAAGCCGAACGCUACUUGGAGCAGCAUCUCACCAAUACGCAGGUUAAGGUCUUUAUGAUGACUAAAGCUUUGGUGAAGACUUUUGUCGAGCCACAAGAGAAGCACAAGGCGCUCAUGUUCACAAUAGAUCACCUGCGCAUGCAUCUCUUUUGGGAAUGUGAGCGGAAUUUUACCGGUUGGCCGGAGGAGUACUUGGGCGAAGUGCUGCUACGUUUUAUUGGUACUUUUAUGCAGCGUUUGCGUGAAAAGUGUUUGAAGGACUUCUUCAUUGAAGAACGUAACCAUUUCGAAUCCAUACCGGAGUAUUCAUUAGUCAUGCUAUUUUCAAUACUCUCCGACAUUGCCGCCAAUCCAUUGAUGCAUCUCAUGGUAGCGCUCAGAAAUGUGGAGUUUGCUGAAGAUUUCUUUCCUAAGCUGAAUUAUAAGAAAUUAUUUGAAAAUCUCUGCGAAAAUAAUAUGCUAAAGUUGAAAGUACAGGCCAAGAACUCGCGAAGUCUGGUGGGGUUAGAUGCAGUUGAGGAUGAACCUGCGCUCAUGGCAGAUGAAGGCGCGAAGGGUUUGAUUGGCAUGAAGCAACAUCGCGAGAAGACCAAAGGAAAAUUGAGACGAAAAACGCAUGUGAUGAGACAUAACAUUGAAAUAAAAAAGAAACAGGAAUAUGAGAAGCGACGGCUUUCUGAGGAGUCUAUUGACGUUGAGUUCUUUUUUUGCCGGAACCUCAAAAAUUCUCAACCAAAGCAACUCAAUCAGGGUGUUGAAAAUUUACGACGCACAAAUAUACUCGAAAUCUUUAUCGAUCAUCUCAUAGCGAUGACUGAGAAGGCACUGGAGUUUCGUGUUCUAUAUUUGGCAAAAACUUUCUUGGCGCAAGCAAAACGACUUUGCAAAUUCUACAACAACUAUGGCUGCGAUAUGGGUGCAAAGGAAUAUCUUAGCACAAUCGAUAGCCUGGAACAGGAGAUCAGUGGAUUGCAGAUGAACGAAGAUUUUACGCAUUUACCGCCGGCUUUGCCGAUUCGUUCAAGUGUUGAAGCUGGCAAAAUUAAGGGCACAAAGGAGUUAUUCGAGCAUUUGGAGUGUGUGCGCAGAACUGUAAAGGUGGAUAUUGAAACAUGGAAUUGUGAAAAGGAGGGGGGCAAAGCUGUGAGCCAAAGUAAAAGCAGCAACAAUACGCUGGAAGAAAAUACAGACCGCAAGAACAAUGGAGGUUCACACAAGUCCACAAAGUUCAUCGAGCACGUAGAACAAGCAGCAGAGCAGAGCGACACCAAUCCGAUAAAAAAUCCUGAGAGUGCAAAUGUUGCUGGCAUUUUACGUUUCAACCCCGAAGUUACAGAAAAAUACCAGGCUGCAAAUGCUGCUGAGCAAAAUAAAUCCAGCGAGUCGUGUGUGGACUACGAAUCUAUCAAGGGCUAUCAUUUUGAAGAUAGUACAACACCUAGUCAUAUGGAAAUCCAUGCUUUAAAGGAAGAAUCUGAUAAAACUCCAUUGGAGAUAGAGCAUGAAGACGAAUCGAGACAAGGUAGCGUUGCGCCAACAGCCAACGAAGAGACGAAAUGCAUGCGAUUUGGUACAAGGUCGCGUAUGCUACGAAAUCUACCAUUGAGCAAUUCGCAAAUGAUAAAAGAUCUUACAGCAUCAACCGAAAAACUAUUAGCAACAAUGUCAUCGGAGGAGAAGCGUAUGCAGAUAAGAGAAAAUAUCAAACGGAAAACAUUGCAACUGAAAGGCGCUUUCAUUCAAAGCUCAGAAUCGUGAUAUUCAAGAUAAAU